CGCCACUAUCCCCAAUCCGAAUCCGAAUCCAGCCAGCCUCUUUUUUCGAUUUUGAUAUUUUCUGAUUUUUUUUCGGGUUAUCUUCAAGUUGCGCAGUCGCACGGACAUCCCAUCGAGCGGCGUCCCGAACUCGACCGAUUGUCCCGUACUGCAUGCCGGCGCACCGACUCGGCCAAGAUGCGUUGCUGAACGAGCGUCCGGGCGAUCGCGGCGUCCCGCUCUCGACCCAGGCAACCCGAACACCAACUCCGUCCCUCGUCUUCGCCCUCGAGAGAAUCCCCGCCCGUGGCCAGGGACCAUCUGGCGAGAAACGCACGACGACGCCCGAGAGCAUCCCCGGCGCCCUCCCCCGUCUGCGUCCGCCGCGCCGGUCGUCGUGCGAGGCCCCUCGAGCGAGCGAGAUUCGGGCUCCAACAUCCGGCGUCGCCUUCCGUGCUUUCCCGUCGGCGUUAGGAAGAUCGGGGGUCGUGUCACCUCCUCCAGGGCCGACGCCGCCGACGACGUCGACCCCUUCAGGCCCGUAGAGGUGCACUAUGCCUGUGGGACUCGCGCUCCAGUCCCAGAAACCAUCGGGCGGCGUGCCCGAGGCCUCGCGAAGCCGACCUCAGUCGAAGCCGGCCUUCGCCAGGGCUUGAAAGACGAAAGUAUAGUACUCGCCCCCGUAUCUUGCCGCAUAGGCUUCCGCGAUCUGCCAAGGGUCCAAGCGAGCCCCGGUACCGAUGAGGGCCUGCAGCUGGGCAAGGACGGUAGCCUCAUCAGGUCCUAGGGUCUUCCUGGUACCCCGGAGUUUCAUCGCCAUUCCCCGAAGCCUCCGUGUGGACGAUGAAAGCUUCGGGAACGUCGGCAUCCUGAGCCUGAAAGCGGAGAGCUCAGGAGCGCGCGUGUGGGCCCGCCGCGCCUCUGCUUGACGGGCGAGCGCCUCCUUCUCCCUGCG